AUGGGAAGCCUGAUAUAUUUUUUUACAAUAACUUGCAAUCCACUUUGGCCCGAGAUUGUAGCUGAGUUACGUCCCGAUCAAUCUGCAUCAGAUAGACCUGAUUUAACAAAUAUGGUAUUCCGUGCUAAAUUUGAAGAGUUGAAGGAAGAUAUAUUUAAUAAGAAUGUACUAGGAAGAGUAGCUUCCCAUGUUCAUGUGAUUGAGUUUAAAAAAAGAGGUCUACCUCAUGUCCAUAUGUUGAUCAUUUUGGAAAAAGAAGGCAAGUUACAAGGUCUCGAUGAUUAUGAUCGCAUAGUUAGAGCAGAAAUCCCUGAUAAGAAGAAAGAGACCGAGUUGUAUAAGUGUGUGGAAAAAUGGAUGAUUCAUGGUCCGCGUGGUAGAAAGUGCAUGAGGGAAGUAAAGUGCAAGAGAGGGUUUCCGAAACAAUUUGAUGAAUGUACCGUGGAAGGAAAGGAUGCAUAUCCAGUUUACUAG